CUCUCUCUCUCCCCUCUCUCUCUUCUCUCUCUUAGUGUCUCUCUCACUUUCUCACUCUUUUUCCGUGCGGCCCAUGAAAGGCUUGUCGCCCCAAGCGAAGCUCGGAGGCCAGAACCUGUGAGGGGCCGCUGGACGCCACCAUGAAGCCAAGACCUUCGUUGCUGUGGACCUCCGUCUCCAUGUAUGGGAACCUGGCCUCGUCCCUCGGUGCUGAGCCUGGACCGGAGCUUUUGGUGGGAUUGUUCUGCUGAUCUGGCGGUAGGACACUGUUUGAGGACGUGAUGAUGCUGGAGCUGCAGAGCGGUGAGGAUGUCGGCCACGUGGACCCGCUGGGCGCUGAUGAGCUGGAGUGUAAGAUCUGCUACUGCUUGUACAACCUGGGCAGUCGCAGGCCGAAGGUGCUGGAGUGCUGCCAUCGCCUGUGCUCCAAGUGCCUCGCCAAGAUCCUGGACCUGGGCGAGUCACCGCCCGACGCCCUGGUGUGCCCGUUCUGCCGCUACGUCACCAGGCUGCCAGGGGAGGCGGCCAGCGGCCUGCCGGACGACUGCAACCUGGUGGCCACGCUGGCCCUCCGGAGCAGGAACCAGAGGAACCUCCACUUCCACCAGGACGCUACGCCAGAGCUGCUGCUCAGCCCCCAACGCCUGAGUUCACUGAUGGGGGGAAACCCAUCCUCCUCCACCACCUCCUCUUCCUCCACCGCCUACUCCACCAUCCGGAGCUCCCCCAACUUCGUGGUCAUCACCAUCAUGGAGCCUCCGCCGGCGUCUGCGUCCACCCAGGACCUCCACCGCUACCCGCUGGCCUCCUCCAGCCUGGACUCCAUGGCGUCCAUCACGCAGCGCUGGACGGUCUGGAACUGUGCGGCGCUGCUGUGCCAGACUCUGGCCCGGGCGCUGGUCUGGGUCCUGGGGCUGCUGUACUUCAGCUCACUGCCAAUGGGGGUCUACCUGCUGAUCAUGCAGAGGACCACGCUCGGCGUUCUGCUGGUCAGCCUGGUUCCCACCAGCCUGGUCAUGAUCAUGGUCUACGGGUUCUGCCAGUGCAUCUGCCACGAGUUCUGGGACUGCAUGCCGCCGUAACGGACCCAGCGGACGCUACGGACCCAACAAAUCCUACGGACCCAACGGACCCAACAGAAGAGCUUUGAACCGACGGUGGACCUCCAGACGUUGCGACCAUGUGGACAGAAAGAGAAGAUUCCUACAUGACACACAGAGCUCACAGUUUGGAGCUUUAUUUUUAUUACUAUUCAUGUUAAUCUGUGCUUUUCUUCUUUUAGGCUGACAGACGACUAAUGAUCCUCAACAUAAAGACCACAUGUAGUGAUAACAAUGUUGUAGUGACAAACCUGAAGAACAUCUUGUUAUUUAGCCAUAAAUGUCUCAAAUCUAA